ACUGCUGUUGCCAAUCCCAAUUCUCGGGGGCAGAGGAACAAUACAUUAGCUUGGUUUUGGUCCAUAGAUGUACAAGGGGACUCUGAUGGCAGUGACUGGUUGAAUGAAUUUUACUGUGUGCAUUGGCUCCGCACCAAGGCUAUGAGAGAUUGUUGGGCAGAAGAAUUGCUGCUAGUGCGGCAUGAAAUAGAUUGGACAUGUGCCUUUUUUAGUUAUAAGGCAGAGGAAUGGAUUGGUCUCCUAACUAUCUCCAAGCAGGAAGAGAAGGAAGGACAUGUAGCCUAUGUGGUGAGACAAAGCAAAAUCUAUCAACGCCUACAUGCAGAGGCCAGAUGUUCAUUCGACCGGAUCAGGGCUACGUGUUGCUCUGAAGGCCAUAUUCAAUUGUAG